CACUUUUCAGUUAAAUUGAAAUUGUUGCUUCGUUAGGUUGUUCGAUCGGGCAAAGUAACGUAGAAACUCACUGUGGGAGUUGCGUGUUAAAUAUGUGAUUUUUUGCGAUUUUACCUAACAAAUUUAUAUGAAUAAAUUUGAGUUUAGUGAAAUUAUUGCAAUAUAAAAUUUAUGUAAAUUAUUAAGUAUAAAUAAUAUGGGAAAUACCGCGUUUUUAAAUUGGCAAAUGAAAUCUGUAAUCUAAUGAAAUCUCGAUAAUUUACACAAACAAAACUAGAAAGCGGCUAUUUAUUAAACGUUUGACCGAUAAGAAGUGAAUUGUUUAAACAAUUGCACAAAUCAGGUUUUCAUAUAGCAUAAAUUAUUUGAAAGUUUCAAUUUCAAACAUGCCUCAUCCAGUAUGCAAAUUUAUGUUUCUCAGUUUCACAGCCUGCGUUUUAGUGUAUUUACCACAAAUUUUAGCUUAUCCAGGCGAGAGUUAUCAUCAUCGCGAUGGACUACAUACACCAUGUACAUUUUUUGAUACCGUCAAUGUGACAAGUGAUACGAAAUUUGAAAAUGGUUCAUAUUUGCAUGAUGGUGUCUUGAUACCAAGACAUUUGGUUGGCUUAUACGAUUAUAUUUACAAGGACUUAGUUACACGGGAAGAGGUGCCACCACAUUAUCGUGGGUGUAUAUGUAAAGUGAAACCUUGCAUCAAUUUUUGUUGCCCGUGGGGCACAAUUUACAAUUCAAAUCUGAGCUCAUGUGUUAAUACAAGUGAGGAACAUCAAUGGCCAGAACCAACAAUCAAUAUAACACUACCAGAUAGUUCACUCAAAACAGUCAACAUAUUUGAACAAUUCGCAGUGCAAAAUUUUCGUCCAUGUAAGAUAAUGUUUUCUUUAAUACCAGAGAUGUAUUACUACGAUGGCUGGGAACUAUUUUCAAAUGGCACAAUGUUCCGUUUGGAUGAUGAAAUUUAUUUUGUUAAAAACGAAUUUUGUUUAGUACCUACUGUGGUCAAUGAAACAGAUUUGUUUUAUAAAAUAAAUCCAGCCAAUUGUAAGGUUUCCUCAGAGUAUGGUACCAUGAAAAUCAUAAAUGCUUAUGCUAUGCUUUUUUCCAUACCAUUUAUGGUAUUGACCAUAGUGGUUUACCUUUUAAUACCCGAACUGCGUAAUCAACAUGGAAAAUCUUUGGUUUGCUAUUUGAUGGGCUUAAUUGUCGGGUACACUCUACUGAGCUCUACUUCUCUACUCAAUGAUUUAUCGCCAGGCAGCAUGUCUUGUAAAAUUAUAGGUUACACUGCUUAUUACUUUUUUAUGGCAGCAUUUUUAUGGCUGAACGUUAUCAGCUUUGAUUUAUGGCAUAAUUUUCGUGGUACACGUGGCAUCAAUCGAUUACAAGAGAAAAAACGCUUCUUGUUCUACUCGCUUUAUGCUUGGGGCUUAGCAGCUGUUUCCUUAGUAUUUACUUGGUUUGCUGAAGAACAACUGGAUGUAUCGGAGUACUACAAGCCUGGCAUUGGAAGUGAAUAUUGUUGGUUAGAUAUGAGAACUUGGUCUGCUAUGAUCUACUUUUUUGGACCCAUACUAAUUAUCAUUCUUGCAAAUACGGUUAUGUUUGUCAUGACAGCUAUGAAGAUACACAAAGUGCAAGUUGAAAUGGCACGGAUAAUGGCAAGAGAGGAUAGUACCAGAAAUUUACGCACGGAAAAGGACAAAUUUGGACUAUUUUUGCGACUUUUUAUUGUAAUGGGUGUUACUUGGUGCUUAGAAAUAAUGUCAUAUUUUGUUGGUCCCGAUAAAGCUUGGGCAAAAAUAUUUUAUAUUACUGACAUUUGUAAUGCCAUACAAGGUUUCCUUAUAUUUAUGCUAUUUGUUAUGAAAAAGAAAGUUAAACAUCUAAUAACAAACAGGUGAGUGGACGACUUUAAUGAUUCACAAGUAAUUG